AGCUUGCCGAGUGCUGAGAUUACAGGCAUGUGUAACCCACGGCUGGCUAACGUUAAGAUUCUCAGCGCAAUUCGCACAGUGUAUGCUUUGGAGUAGAGUGCAGGAUUGGUGGAGUAGUUUGCAUACAAGAAGAGGACUAAGGUUUUGUGGGGGCUGAUGGUGUGUGUCCUGCUUCUUGCAGAGCAGCUGCUCACUGGGCUGAAGGACAAGGACACUGUGGUGCGGUGGUCUGCAGCCAAAGGGAUUGGUAGAAUGGCUGGAAGGCUUCCCAGAGAGCUGGCAGACGAUGUGGUGGGGUCUGUGUUGGACUGCUUCAGUUUUCAGGAGACCGAUAAGGCAUGGCAUGGUGGAUGUCUGGCAUUGGCGGAACUGGGGAGACGAGGCCUGUUGCUGCCAUCGAGACUCUCAGAAGUUGUCACAGUGAUCCUGAAGGCACUGACCUACGAUGAGAAGCGGGGCGCCUGCAGCGUGGGCGCCAACGUCAGGGAUGCCGCCUGCUACGUGUGCUGGGCUUUUGCACGCGCCUAUGAGCCUCAGGAGUUGACUCCUUUCGUGACUGCCAUUUCCAGUGCGCUGGUCAUUGCCGCCAUCUUUGACCGAAACGUGAACUGCAGAAGAGCUGCCUCUGCUGCCUUCCAGGAGAACGUGGGGAGACAGGGUACUUUCCCUCAUGGAAUUGAUAUUUUGACGACAGCAGACUAUUUUGCAGUUGGAAACAUAUCUAACUGUUUCCUUGUGAUAAGUGUGUUUAUUGCUGGCUUCCAAGAAUACACCAAGCCGAUGAUUGACCACUUGGUUUCCAUGAAAAUCAACCAUUGGGAUGGGGCCAUCCGAGAACUGUCUGCAAAAGCGCUGCACAACCUGACCCCACAAGUACCUGAGUACAUGGCCUCUCAUGUCUUCCCGGCACUGUUGUUGAUGACACUGAGCUCAGAUCUACACACCAGACAUGGUGCCAUCCUCUCCUGCGCAGAGAUCACCUAUGCCCUGUACAAGCUGGUUUCACAGAGCAACAGGCCUGUCACAGACUAUCUGGAUGAGAAGGCAGUGCAGAGCCUGAAGCAGAUCCACCAGCAGCUUUAUGAUCGGCAUCUCUAUAGGGGUCUGGGAGGAGAGCUUAUGAGACAAGCAGUGUGCAUUUUAAUAAAGAACUUGUCACUUUCCAGAAUGCCCUUUAAAGGUGACACCGUUAUUGAUGGUUGGCAGUGGCUGAUAGAUGACACUCUUAGAAGUCUUCACCUUGUUUCCAGCCAUUCCCGACAGCAGAUCAAGGAGGCAGCUGUCUCGGCCCUGGCCGCCCUCUGCAAUGAAUACUACAUGAAGGAGGCUGGGGAGACAGAUGUUACCAUUGAGAGGGAACUGAUUCCACAGUACCUUGCUGAGCUCCAGAGCCCAGAGGAGAUGACCCGCUGUGGCUUCUCCUCAGCCUUGGGUGCCCUUCCAGGUUUCCUUCUCAGGGGCCAUCUGCAGCAGGUUCUCACAGGUCUAAGAACAGUCACCCGUACUUCUCCCAAGGAUGUGAGCUUUGCUGAGGCCAGGAGAGAUGGUUUGAAGGCAAUCUCAAGAGUUUGCCAGACGGUUGGCGUGAAAGCAGAGGGCCCUCCAGAUGAAGUCAUGUGCAGAGAGAACAUUUCCGAGGUUUACACUGCAUUGCUGGACUGCAUGAACGAUUAUACCACAGACAGCAGAGGGGAUGUGGGAGCCUGGGUCCGGGAAGCUGCCAUGACGAGCCUCAUGGACUUGAUACUUCUGCUGGCACGGACAGAGCCGCAGCUGAUUGAGGCCCACAUCUGUGAGCGCGUCAUGUGUUGCGUUGCCCAGCAGGCAAGCGAGAAGAUUGAUCGGUUCCGUGCCCAUGCCGCCCAGGUGUUCCUGACUCUAUUGCACUUCGACAGCCCUCCCAUUCCCCAUGUUCCCCACCGCAGAGAACUGGAAAGCCUGUUCCCCAGGUCUGACGUGGCCUCUGUGAACUGGAAUGCACCUUCCCAGGCCUUCCCUCUCAUCACCCAGCUCUUGGAACUGCCCACCUACAGAUACCAUGUGCUGCUGGGGCUGGCUGUGUCUGUUGGUGGUUUGACGGCGUCUACGGUCAGGUAUUCUACACAGAGCCUCUUUGAGUACAUGAAGAGGAUUCAGAAGGAUGCUCAACUCCUGGAGAGCUUCAGUGGGACCCUCCUGAAGGUCUUUGAGGACAAUCUCUUGAAUGACAGGGUGUCUGUAUCAUUGCUGAAAAUGCUGGACCAGCUGCUGUCCAAUGGGUGCUUCGACAUCUUUACUGCUGAGGAGAACCACCCCUUCUGUGUGAAGUUGCUCACACUUUGUAAGGAAGAAAUCAGGAAGUCAAAAGAUGUCCAGAAGCUUCGGGCGAGCAUUGCAGUGCUCUGUGGGAUGGUGCAGUUCAAUGGUGACGUGCGACAGAAGGUCCUUCUGCAGCUGUUCAUCCUCCUUGGCCACCCUUUCCCUGUGAUCCGGAAGGCCACGGCAAGCCAGCUAUACGAGAUGGUGCUCACCUAUAGCGACUUGGUGGAUGCAGGCAUGCUUGAUGAGGUCAUGUCUGUGCUCAGUGACACAGCAUGGGACGCAGAGCUUCCAGUUGUAAGAGGGCAGCGGAAUCACCUGUGUGACCUCCUUGGUGUGCCCAGACCCCAGCUGGCUACAAAGCCUGCUCCUGGAAGCUGAGCCAUUGCCUGCCUAGCUGGGAUGCCCUGCCACGAGGCUCUACAACAAGCUUUACCAUCAUGGAAACUUGGUGCCACACACCUGAGAAAGGUGGCACAUGCUGCUAGCUGGACUGGGAGGCCAUCCACAGAGAGCAGUAACUUCAUGCAUGCUGUCCUCUGGUGGCCUGGUCUGCCCGUACUUCUGCUGUCCUAACACCAUGUGCUUCCCAUUAAAUCAUGUUCCAUACAGCCCGGCCUCCAUCUCUGGGACUUAGGUGUGAAGAUCCACCGUGGGUUCCACUCCUGGUGUUUUGCUGGCUGUUAGGCACUGAGUGAUCUCUGUAGCAUGGCAGAUGCUCACACCCUGGUGGAGAGUGUGAAGUGCUGAGCACAUGCAGUGGUGGGAGCUCUCUCCUCCCUCAUGUUGAGCCAGCCACGUCCCCAGCAGUCCUAUCAUGUUCUGAGC